AUGGUGUCUAAUCGCGGACUGCCAGGCCGGCCUCGUUCCAUCGGGCCAGAUUUCAGCAGCCGAUGGAGAUCCAACUCGCGUCUGGACGACGACAAUGCUGUGUCCGAGUGGGAGACAGUCGCAGGCGGCGACGAGCAAGAAGACCGUCAACCGGACCUGGACAGGCAGCUGAAGCGCAAAAGAAACUUUGAACCCGUCUCCCACGGGCAGGAUAUUCUCCAUCCGCCUCUACCGUGUAGCGCGUCAAUCACGCGCCGAUAUACUGUGUUGGGACCGCCUCACAGCGCCUUGUCGAAGCUGCCCACGGGGAGAUCCAGGGCACAACCGCCUGGGAGCACGUCUUUCCGCUCAUACUCAAGCCUCGACACCGACACUUUCCAGGAGGCAGUCACUGGUUCUCGAUACGUGUCUCCCAAUGUCUUGUCAUUGAGGCCUUGGCGGCGUCAUGAGAAGCUGUUGCCAUCGAACGCGGAUACAGAUGCCUGCAGCGACCUCAAGGGCUCUGGCAGAAUAUCCGACAGCAUCGGCGGCAACCCUUUCGAAUAUGACGCCGUUUUCUACUCGACCUUUCUGCAGCCAGCAGCCGAGAAAGAGAAAGUUGACAAUGAUGUCAAAGUCCCCGUGAACACAAAAACAUCAACGCCCUCGGACCCCGAGCCACAGCCGUCUCGUCGCUUGAGCGGAGACAUCGCGACCUUGGCCCGCUCCACGACUGAUCACGCCAUGGAUGGUGACUGGCAGACGGUCACGGAAGAUUGCAGGCUCGGUCCGUCAAUGGGCUUGAACGAGCUCGGCAUCAAAGGCACAGGAAGCAGCCUGGCUGACUUGUCAGACGGCGCCUCCUUUCAACACAACCACUUCCCGAACAGAUCAACUGACCGCAUCAUCCAGCACCCACAGCCUCAUGGUGCCAAUGCGUGUUAUCACGUCCGCACGGACAAGCAUACACACCGACCUGUCCUGCUUCCUGACUUCAGAAACAAUGACCUGCCAGCUUUGGGACCUGUACAGAACUCGUCGCGCAAGGCAUCGCGCCCUGCAUCUCGCGCAGCCGCUGCCAUUCGCCGCUUCUCAAACUCACUGCGUCGCGAGCUCACGCCCGAGCCAAUGUCAUUGAGCCCCAAGUAUAUCGAAAUGGACAGAUUCGGUGAUGAUCAUGCCAGUGUGGAAGCGGAACAAGAGGUCGUCCGGGUCGAAGAGAAUCAGACAACUGGUGAGCAGUUUCGAUUCAGGGGGUCUCAAAUCAUUGAGAGCUUCGCCCGUGAUCCGUCGACGCCAAAUUUGAUCGUCUUCGACAAAGCUUGCCACGGGGCUGCCAAUGCUGGGGAGACUCACCCACGUGGUCAGUCACACGUACUUUAUGAGGAGUUCAUCACCGGCAUUCCUCGUCUGCCAUUCCCUCUGGUCAGCUUGCCUGAAGCUGCAUUGCUGCAGCACUUUCGCAGAGAACGUGGUGAGGAAGACCACACAGAGAAUGGCAGCUCAUUCUCAGCCAAGGCCAGGUCUGUCACUCUGAGUUCUCUGGCGUCGUCACAGCCCUUGACGCCUCAAUCUCCGUUCUUCGAUUAUCGCGAAGCACUGAAACGAGGUUCGCUGCCGUUCCCUGCGACAACAUUGCCACCAUCGCGGUUGCGCGAUACCAGUCGGUGGACUGCCUUCUCGCCCGCCCGCUUCAGAAGCGUGAACACGAAUCCCGCAGCGCCCCAUACGCCGUGCAAGCCGUGGUACAAGAGUGGUUCAUGCGACAGCUGGGCCAUUUUGGGCGACAGGUUGCCCAUCCUUCACUCUCGCCCCAUGGCAGCCGGGGACAAAAUAGCCUAUGACCAUGCCGUACCCGGACACAGACCAACAUUCCACCAUGCUGACGCCAUGGAUACGGCAAGGGAGCAUAUGAUGCUGCGUCGUCGAUCCUCCGCCGAGGCCCAGCGUCGUGAGGAAGCCAUCUUCCUCGGUGUAGUUGCGCUGACAGCCUGCUUUCCACCCAUCGGUAUCUUGGCCUUGAGCGCCCAGUUCGACGCGACGAUUUCGUGGUUCACACACGGUGAGCUCCACAAGCUUUCUCGUGCCCAGAGACGCGUCCUCCAGCAGCUGCUUCUAGCCGUGUGCUUGAUAUACCCGACACUGGUCAUAUCUCUGUCCGUCUACUUUACUGUGUCCAGGUGA